AUGUCUGCCUCAACUUCCUCUUUCCGCCACAGGCUCCAAGCCCAAAACAAAUACUACCCUCCAGCGCCGCCCCGUCCACCCUGGCCAGGCGGCGCCCCCGUCUCCCCUGAGCGCCCUCCCGCCACAUCCACAAUUACAGCCAGCAGCGGCACAGCAACAGUCACGAAAGCGCCCGCACGGGCAGCGCCUCCGGUACCAGUCUCUUCCCCAUCCCCUUCAUCCCCAUCCCCAUCCUCCCCCCCAGCCCUGCCUCCACGCACUUCCUCGGCCGCAGCCACAGGCGGCCACCACCGCCGCCACCACCGCCACCACCAAAGCCGGUUCGUCGAGGGGUCCAUGAACGACCGCGUCUCGGCCGCCCCGCCGCCGGGGUUCCUGGGCGCUGCCGAACCGGGGAUUACUUCCCCGGCCGACGAAUCGGAGAGCAGCUGGAACAGAACGGCCGCGGCCACGGGCCGCGACGCCGACGCCGCGUGGGAGCCCGGCAGGUAUCACCUCCGGCGGCCGCGGAGCACGGCCGCGGCCGGGUGGGCGCGCUCGCAGCAUUCGCAGCAGAGCGGCGGCGGCGGCGGCGGCGGCGGGGUGACGGCCAAGAAGAGCACUGGGUUUUUGGCGCCGCUGUGGGAUGGCGUGAGGGAGAAGCUGCUGCUCAGGGGGUCGAAAUCGUCCGGGAGCAUUGGCCGGGUGGUGAACUCGGUUGUUGGCGGCGGGGAGAGGAAGGGAGAGAGUUUGGCGGCGCCGGGAGCGGCGGCGGUGACGAAGGAAAGGGAGCAGCGGGAGAGGGCCGCUGCGCCGGCCGUGUCGACGGCAGGCUAUCCCAGCCGGGAGGAGGUCUUGGAGAGUUAUAAGAACUUGGUGGCGUCGGGUUUCUUCGAGGCGCAUGCUAUUCGUGGCGGGAGACAUCCGCUGCGGACGGGCGGGAGCGCGCCCGCGCAGGGCCACGUCGUGGUGCCGUCGCCAAACGCCAGGUCGUUUGCGGACCACAUGGCUGCGCAACAGCAGCAGAAACAGCAACAGCUGGCCGCGGCUUUUGCGUCGCCGCCCCGGGGCAGCAUGGGCCCGCCUCCGCCUCCGCCUCCGCUUAGGGGCUCGUCGCAGGGGAAGCCGACCACCAUGCCCUCUCCGCACCGCGGCACCAAGCGCGGCGCAUCGGUCGACCUUGCGGGGGAGGCCGAAAUGGUCACGCGCAAGCUCGUCAAGAAGCUGCGCCACUCGGCUUCCCGCAUAUCGGUGGACUUCACGGGCGUCAGAGAUCACCAUCAUCACCACUACAGCUACGGCACGCUCAGGUCGCGGCCGUCGACAUCUUGGCACCCGGCGGGACCUCUGUCCCCGACGUCCUCGAUCUUCAGCGGCAUCAGCUCACCUCCGCCGGCCCCGGCUGCAGCCUCAGCCGCAGACGAGACGGCCUCGAUCCGGCUCGGCAAGCUGACCAAGACGAAGGACGGCCGUCGCCGGCGCAUCCUCAGCCUGACCCGCCGCCACCGCGCCACGACACCCACGGCCACCACGGCCACCACCGCCGCCGAGGCAACAGACCCCGACGCGAUGAUGAUCGACGAGCCGGAGCCCCGCUCCCCCACCACCACUUCUGCCACCGCCACGGAACAGCAGCAGACACCCCGUCCGCGCCGCGUCCUCACGCCGCCGCCCGCGUCCUUCCGCAGCGCGCGCUCGCGCACCAGCAGCGCGACCACCACCACCCCCGGCCGCCCGAGCGCGCAGCAGCAGCACCACGAGCCGCUGAGCGUCGUGCCCGACCCGAACCACGGCAUCCCCUUCGUGCCGCGCAUCCCGCGCGAGUUCUGCGACGCCAUGGCCGCCAUGGUGCCGCCAGCCCCGGUGGCGCCGGCGGCGACGGCGGCGACCGUGGUGGUGGGCGGUAGCGGUGGUGAUGGCAAGGUGGAUGAGGCCAGGGCGAAGAACGCCAAUCGCGACUCGGGUUUGGGUGAGGAUGCGGAGAAUAUCCCUGUUUGGGGGUAG